AAAAGAAAAAAUAACGAUAAGAAAAGAAGCAAUAGCAUUUUUGGUUCUCUGUCCAAUGGAGAAGAAAACCCAGAGAUUGCCAAAUCAUCUUCCGUAAAAGCACCCAUCAGAGAAAUUACUUGUCAAGAGAAACAAAUCAUAAAUUUGGAAGAGAAAUUUUACAAAGGCGACAACUUUUUCGUUUCAGAUUUUGAAAUUUUAUAUUUUGAUUUUUUUUUCUUUUAUUGGCGAUCGAAUUCUAUCCGAAAGAUUGAAACUUGGAAGGUGGGUAAGUGAGGGAAUGGCGCAACAAGGGCAGGGAAGCAUGGACCCUGCUGUUCUCGACGACAUCAUUCGACGUUUACUUGAUUACAGAAACCCUAAAGCUGGGACCAAACAAGCUAUGCUCAACGAUUCUGAGAUCCGACAGCUUUGUUUUGUCUCCAGAGAGAUAUUUCUUCAACAGCCUUGUCUUCUUGAGCUCGCUGCCCCUGUUAAGAUCUGCGGUGAUAUUCAUGGUCAAUACUCAGAUUUAUUGAGGCUGUUCGAGUAUGGAGGUUUCCCUCCUGCAGCAAACUACUUAUUCUUAGGAGAUUAUGUUGACCGUGGGAAGCAGAGUUUGGAGACUAUUUGUCUUCUGCUAGCUUACAAGAUCAAAUACCCUGAAAACUUUUUUCUUUUAAGAGGAAACCAUGAGUGUGCAUCUAUUAACAGAAUCUACGGAUUCUAUGACGAAUGUAAACGAAGGUUCAAUGUGAAGCUCUGGAAAGUAUUUACAGACACUUUUAACUGUCUCCCUGUGGCUGCUGUCAUAGACGAAAAGAUCCUUUGUAUGCAUGGUGGACUAUCUCCUGAUUUGAUCAAUGUGGAACAGAUUAAGAACAUAGAGCGUCCAAUUGAUGUUCCAGACUCUGGUUUGCUCUGUGACCUUCUUUGGUCUGAUCCUAGUAAAGACAUCAAAGGCUGGGGGAUGAAUGAUCGUGGUGUCUCCUACACUUUUGGCGCUGACAAAGUUGCUGAGUUUCUAAUAAAAAAUGAUAUGGAUUUAGUCUGUCGUGCCCACCAGGUUGUGGAGGAUGGGUAUGAGUUCUUUGCUGAUAGACAGCUUGUGACUAUGUUUUCUGCUCCAAACUACUGUGGUGAAUUUGACAAUGCGGGUGCAUUAAUGAGUGUGGACGAAAGUUUAAUGUGCUCUUUCCAAAUUCUUAAGCCUGUGGAUCGCAGGUCGCGGUUCUUUUGAAUAGAAAGAGUCCUUCUUAACCCUGAUUCAAAUCUUACGGAAAGAUAGGAAGGAGAAAAGGCGAAAACGGAUGUUGGUGGCGGAUAAUUCUGAACGUCCAAGAGUAGUCUCCAAAGUUGCAAAGGCAACAACAUAUAUAUUUACAUGGUUAUCAUCUCUGCCACUUCUUUUAAAUGUGAUCUUGUUUCUUCAACCCAAUUUUUGCUCUGUUUUCUUCUUCUCUGUUCUUUCACAUCUCAGAGAUACAAAUCCUCUAAGUGUAUAUAUACUUUAUAUGUAUGUAUCAGAAUCACACUGCUUGACGCUUCAGUUCAUGAUUCUUAUUAAAACAGAGGGUUCUCUAGUAACUAAUUAGCAGUAUUUGUAAUUGUA